AUCAGAAAGCCACCUGACGUUGGUUGAAUUGUAGAUAUGUAGUAAUCAAAACCAUAUAUUUUUCUUUAGCUAGAAAAGAACUUAAGCUUUUUAAGUCCUUUUCCCCCUUUAUGCUGUUGUGUUGGCUUGCAACUUUUUGGGGAUUAAGGUAUGGAUAGUGCUGCAGGUCAAAUUCUCUAUCCUUUGCACCGUUGCAAAACUGUUCAUCUGGUUAGACAUGCUCAGGGAGUUCAUAAUGUUGCAGGAGAGAAGAACCAUGAUGAAUACAUGUCUUACGAUUAUUUUGAUGCACACCUAACCCCUCUCGGUUGGAACCAGGUUGAUAAUCUGCAAAAACAUGUGAAGGCAACAGGACUUUCGAAAACUGUCGAACUUGUUGUGGUUUCCCCAUUGUUAAGGACCAUGCAAACAGCAGUUGGAGUCUUUGGUGGUGAAGUAUACACUGAUGGGAUUAGUGAACAACCUCUUAUGAUGGAAAAUGUCGGACACAGUGAUCAUCUUGCAGUUUCUAGUCUGAACUGCCCUCCAUUUAUAGCGGUGGAGCUUUGCCGAGAGCAAAUAGGACUUCAUCCUUGUGAUAAGAGAAGAACCAUCAGCGAGUACCGGAAUAUGUUUCCAGCAAUUGAUUUUUCACUUAUUGAGAGUGAGGAAGACAUUUUGUGGAAACCUGACGUCAGAGAGAAGGUAGAAGCAGUUUCUGCUAGGGGCUUGAAGUUUUUGGAAUGGUUGUGGACACGUAAAGAGAAGGAGAUAGCAGUUGUUACCCACAGCAGUUUUCUGUUUCAUACCCUUCGUGCUUUUGGAAAAGAUUGUCAUCCGAACAUAAAGAGUGAAAUACGCAAACAGUAAGCAUUUGCCUUAACUAAUCGAUUAGAAGCAUAUUCAGGUUGAUAUAUGGUUGGAUAAUAAAUGAUAAGGUAUCUUUUGAAAAUGUCUCCUGAACACUAAGAAUCAAUUAUAAGCCUUCAAGAAAAGCUAGGAAAUAUAAAAAAAACAAACUUCAUGACUUUAUUUUAUGUUGUUUUAAUAUAAUCUAAAUUAGUUACCUAGAAAUUCUCCAUCAAUAUAAUCCAAAUAAUACAACACACUCAUCGGCACCCUCGUUCUCACUCCGUGCUCCCCAUUGUUCACUAGCAUAGAAGUCACCACGUUUUGUGGUUGGUUUGUUGGAAAAGGAAUUUCUUUUCUAAUGAACUUGACAUCCUUAAAUACAAAAUAUUUAUGCGUUUCUAUUCCUUCAGUUGAGAAAUCUCUUUUGGGCUUCUGACCCUUCCCUUGCACAAAGCCAAAUUUCCUUUCCGCCUUUAGUGAGGUUGAAAUUUUUCUUGCUCAUUUAUCGUAGUUAUUACCACGUUAUAGAAUCGAGAUAAUGAUGUUUCUCAGACCAUCACUUUAUCCAAGAUAAGUUUGUUUUCUCUAUCUUUCUGUUAGGCAUGAUCUGUCAUAGUGGUUCUUGCCUUAUAAUUCUCAACAAGUAAUUGAUUGGUGAUAAUGAUGUUUUCCAGCCCGUAACUCAAUUCAUGAUGGUACAUUUCUUUUCUCUCUAUCCCGCCAUCAUAUGAUCUCUCAUUAUGGAACUUGAGAUUAAAGUAAAGAACAUUUAGAGUGAAUUUGUGAGAGUGUUUCCCCACUUAGGAUUUCAUAUUUAUAGUAGUUUGAGAUACAUUAAAUACAAUGGAUGAGAGAAAAAAAAGAAAGAAUUCUAGAAGAUGGUCGUAGGAACUAGGUCUAAAGCAUGCUUCUAGGUACUAGGUCCAACGCAUAGUGCAAUAAGUCCUAUUUAAGACUAUUUAUUCUAACACUCUUCCUCAAACUAGAGCAUACAAAUUGUAUGUAUCAAGUUUGAAACAAAUAAAUUCAAUCUAAGGACCUCUCAAGAAUUUUGUUAAUACAUUUGCAAGUUGAUCAUUUCAUCCGACACACUUAAUGCAAAUUUCUUUUGACAACAAUUCUUCUAAAAUAAAAUGACAAUUUAUUUCAAUGUAUUUGGUCCUCUCAUGGAAUACAAAAUUAGA